AUGGAAGACAGCAAUGUGGAAAUGCAAGAAAACGUCCCUUUCUUCCCAAAACAAGAAAACCAUCACCACCAGUUGUACUUCCGUCAAAACCCCCCCGCCCUCGAGGGAAUCGCCGCCGUCGUCGGCGAGCGCGUCCUCUUCGGCGCCGCUGAAAACGCCAACGCCGAUGGCCCGCCGAGGAGCUACAGGGGCGUGCGGAAGCGGCCGUGGGGGCGGUGGUCGGCGGAGAUCCGCGACCGCAUAGGGCGGUGCCGCCACUGGCUCGGCACCUUCGACACGGCGGAGGAGGCGGCGCGCGCCUACGACGCCGCCGCGAGGAGGCUGCGUGGCUCCAAGGCCAGGACCAAUUUCCACGUUCCUUCCGUCCUUCCGGCACCGUCGUCGCCGGAGAUCAGGAAGAAGAGGAAGAGGGUUUCCGGUGGAGGAAAGGCUGUGCGGAAGUGCUCGGUUGUGACGUCGGCGGCGCACCUGUUUGGGCGGAAUCCGGCGGAUGACGGCGAGGCUAGCUUUGAAGAUGAGUUGGUCAAUUAAUGAAAUUUGUAUAUUUAAGUAUGAGCAGUAUGAGUUUAAUUAAUUAGUAGUAGUAUGUGACUAUGCGUAAUGUGUUUUCAGUUAUUUAGGGUUUUGGUGGGGCUUGCAUCUUGUUACAUCCCAUUUGCCACCACUACUAAUUUGUGAUUUCUAGUAAUUUUUCAUGUUUAAUGAUGAAAUUAGGAAGAAUAAAUUAAGGCCUAUUGGGGGGCCUUGUACGUUUUGCUGCAUUUCAGGCGAAAGACACUCGUCCCU